CUCAAUGGCAGGUCACGACUUACUCUUUCUGGUCCUGAUUGUCGUUAGUGUGGGCACAACGGUUCGAGCAGAUAGCCAACUCUCCACAGAUUACUACCAGUCCAAAUGCCCAGAUGCAUUAUCAAUUGUACAGCAAGAAGUUGCAGCUGCAAUACAGAAUGAAACUCGAAUGGGAGCGUCUUUACUUCGAUUGCAUUUCCAUGAUUGCUUUGUUAAUGGCUGUGAUGCAUCAAUCUUGCUGGAUGAUAACGCCACCUUUGUAGGAGAAAAAACAGCAGGCGCCAAUAAUAACUCAGCUAGAGGAUACGAUGUCAUUGAUAAGAUUAAAGCUAAACUUGAGGAAGCUUGCCCUGGAGUAGUGUCUUGUGCUGAUAUUCUUGCUAUUGCAGCUAGAGACUCAGUUGUUUAUCUGGGGGGUCCUCCGUGGGAAGUUAGUUUGGGAAGAAGAGAUUCAACCAAUGCUAGUAGGGAUGCUGCAAACUCCUUAAUUCCUGCACCCUUUUUUAAUCUAAGUGCUCUCAUAUCAAGCUUCUCUGCACAUGGCCUCUCGUUAAAGAACUUGGUGGCUCUUUCCGGCGCUCACACAAUAGGCUUGGCGAGGUGCACGUCAUUUAGACAACAUAUUUACAAUGAUACAGAUAUUGACUCCUGUUUUGCCAAUUCAUUGCAGCAAAGCUGCCCAUUUUCUGGAAACGAUGAUGCUUUAGAAAAUCUUGACCUCCAAACACCAACCUGUUUUGAUAAUUUAUAUUAUCAAAAUUUGCUGAAUAAGACAGGUCUUCUUCAUUCAGACCAGGAGCUCUACAAUGGGAACAGUUCUACUGAUUCUCUAGUCCAAACAUAUGCCACAAACACUUCUGCAUUUUUCGAGGACUUUUCCAAGGCUAUGGUCAAGAUGGGAAACAUCGAUCCUCUUACAGGAAGUGAAGGAGAAAUCAGGACCAACUGCAGAAAAGUCAAUUAAAAUAAAUAAUAUUUAUUUGUAUUAUGUAUAACAGAUUAUUGAAUAUGAAUUAAUAUAUAAGGCUAUUUAGCCCUAUCUUUAAAGAUUAAAAAAAUUUGUGAUAUCAUUUCAAGUCUUUCUCUGAAAAACCCUUGAUACUGCUUUCACAGAGCCUGUUUC